CGUGCCCGCCGCCCGCCUGCCCCUGAUGCCGCGGCAGAAGGCGGCCUCCGGCUCGGCCGGGGCCGCCGUGCCCGCCCUGGCGGCGGCCAGGCAGGCGGUGUUGAGCCGAUUCUUUAAGCCGGCGGGACACCUGAAGUCCUCCCCCCAGACGGGGGCACCUGGGAGGCCCAGCUGUGAUGCUGGAGCGCCCCCGGAGCCGCGGGAGCUGCAGGAGCCGUGGGAGCAGCAGCGGAAGGCCUCUGAAGUUAAUGGAUGUAAGAAGAGGACCCUGGAAUAUGAUGAACCUGAUCACAAGAGAGCAAAGCAGGCUCGAGGAGAUGAAGGAGAAGAAAGUGGUACCGGAACAGUUGGAAGCUGUGAGCCAAGAAAAUGUCUGAGGCCCAGGAUGGUUUUAAAGUCUCUAGAAAAACUGAAAGAAUUCUGCUGUGAUUCUGAGAUUCCUUAUAGUAGAGCUCCAGCUGAACCACCACAGGGGAGAUUGGCAAUUUUGCCAAAAUGUACUGAUUUUGAAGACAUCAGCCUAAAUGCAAAACAUAUUGUUCCUUCUGAAGGUUCCAGUUCUCAAAUGAAUCAGAAGGGAGGAUCACUUUUUGGUCUUGCUCAUUUUUCAUUAUCAAAUAAAAGUCAUGAAAGCCUACAGAAUACAUCUGAGCCCAAACCUACCAACAGAAGAACCAAAAGCAUUUAUACUCCGUUAGAAAUGCAAUACCUAGAAAUGAAAGAGCAACAUAAAGAUGCCAUCUUGUGUAUUGAAUGUGGAUACAAAUAUAGGUUCUUUGGAGAAGAUGCAGAGAUUGCAGCACGGGAACUCAACAUAUAUUGCCAUUUGGAUCACAACUUUAUGACAGCAAGCAUACCCACUCACAGACUUUUUGUUCACGUACGCCGUCUUGUGGCAAAAGGACAUAAGGUGGGAGUAGUCAAACAAACUGAAACUGCAGCGCUGAAGGCUAUUGGAGAGAAUAAAAGUUCUGUGUUUACCCGAAAAUUGACUGCUCUUUAUACUAAGUCUACACUUAUUGGAGAAGAUGUGAAUCCCUUGAUGAAGCUAGAUGAUCCUGUAAAUGUUGAAGAAACACCAAGUGAUACGUCUAACAAUUAUCUCCUAUGCAUCUGUGAAAAUAAAGAAAAUAUGAAAGAUAAACAAAAGGGGAAUAUCACAGUUGGCAUUGUGGGAGUACAGCCUGCAACUGGUGAGGUCGUUUUUGAUAGUUUCCAGGACUCAGUAUCCCGUUUAGAAUUAGAGACCCGCAUUUUAAGAUUGCAGCCCGUGGAACUUCUGCUACCAUCAGAGAUGUCUGAUCACACUGAGAGGUUCAUCAAGAGUAUAACUUCUGUCAGUGUACGGGAUGACAGAAUUCGAGUAGAAAGGAUGGAUGACCUUUAUUUUGAAUACGGUCACGCUUUUCAGCAAAUCACUGAGUUUUAUGCAGAAGUACUUGAUGUCAAAGCUUCCCAGAGUUUUUCUGCAAUAUUAAAUUUAGAUAAGCCUGUGAUUUGCUCUUUGGCAGCAGUAAUUCGAUACCUUAAAGAAUUUAAUUUAGAGAAAAUGCUCUACAAUCCUAGAAAUCUUAAAAAGCUGUCAAGUGAAAUGGAAUUUAUGACAAUUAAUGGAACAGCACUGAAGAGUCUGGAAAUCUUACAGAAUCAGACGGAUUCAAAAUUCAGAGGCAGUUUGCUAUGGGUCUUAGAUCACACUAAAACUCCUUUUGGGCGACGAAAAUUGAAGAAGUGGGUGACUCAGCCACUCCUCAAAUCAAGGGAAAUAAAUGCCCGACUUGAUGCAGUGUCAGAGAUUCUCAUCUCUGGGUCCAGUGUGUUUGGUCACAUACAAAAUCAUCUGUGCAAAUUGCCUGACAUAGAGAGAGGACUCUGUAGCAUUUAUCACAAAAAGUGUUCCACCCAGGAGUUCUUCUUGAUUGUUAAAGCCCUGUGUCACCUGAAGAUAGAAAUUCAAGCAUUAAUUCCUGCUAUCAAUUCCCAAGUUAAAUCAGACUUGCUCAAGCAGUGCCUUCUGGAAAUACCUGAGCAUCUCAACCCAGUGGAGCAUUUUUUCAAUAUACUCAAUGAACAAGCUGCCAAGAUUGGAGAUAAAACUGAGUUGUUUAAGGACCUCACAGAUUUCCCUUCAAUAAGUAAGAGGAAAGAGGAAAUACAAGUGGUUACCACCAAAAUCAAUCUACAUUUGCAAGAAAUACGAAGAGUACUAAAAAAUCCUUCUGCACAUUACAAAACAGUGUUGGGACAGGAGUUUCUCAUAGAAGUAAAGAACUCUCUCAUAUCUUCUAUACCCUCUGAUUGGGUUAAGGUUGGAAGCACAAAAGCUGUCAGCCGCUUUCACUCUCCUUUUAUUGUAGAAAAUUACAGACAUCUGAAUCAGCUCCGGGAGCAGCUAGUCCUUGACUGCAACACUGAAUGGCUAAAUUUUUUAGAUCAUUUCAGUGAACACUAUCACUCUUUGUGUAAAGCGGUUCAUCACUUAGCAACUGUCGACUGCAUUUUCUCACUGGCCAAGGUUGCUAAGCAAGGAGAUUAUUGCAGACCAAUUUUGCAAGAAGAGAGGAAAAUAGCGAUAAAAAAUGGUCGACAUCCUGUGAUUGAUGUGUUAUUGGGAGAGCAGGAUCAAUAUGUUCCCAAUAGUACAAAUUUGUCAGGGGACUCUGAGAGAGUGAUGAUAAUUACUGGACCAAACAUGGGUGGAAAGAGCUCCUACAUAAAACAAGUUGCGUUGAUUACUAUCAUGGCACAAAUUGGUUCCUAUGUUCCUGCAGAAGAAGCUACAAUUGGGAUUGUGGAUGGUAUUUUCACAAGGAUGGGAGCUGCAGAUAAUAUAUAUAAGGGCCAGAGUACGUUUAUGGAAGAACUGACAGACACCGCAGAGAUCAUAAGAAAAGCAACGUCACAAUCCCUAGUUAUCUUGGAUGAAUUGGGAAGGGGGACAAGCACCCAUGAUGGAAUUGCCAUUGCUUAUGCUACUCUGGAGCAUUUUAUUCGAGAUGUGGAGUCAUUGACCCUGUUUGUCACACAUUAUCCUCCUGUGUGUGAACUAGAAAAAACAUAUCCACAAUGGGUAGGGAACUACCACAUGGGAUUCCUUGUUAAUGAAGAUGAAAGUACACAGAACACAGGUCAGGAAGAUGAGGAAAUCCCUGAUUUUGUUACUUUUCUUUAUCAAAUAACCAGAGGAGUUGCUUCAAGGAGCUAUGGACUGAAUGUAGCCAAACUAGCAGAUGUCCCUGGAGAAAUCUUAAAGAAAGCAGCUUACAAAUCAAAGGAACUUGAGAGAUUAGUCAAUGUGAAAAGAAAAAGGCUGAAAUCUUUUGCGAAACUAUGGAAUACAGCUGAUGCUACAGAAUUACAAGAAUGGACAAACAUGGUUGAAACUGAAUGAACUUUAGCCUGUUGUCGCUGUCUGAAUGGAGAAUAACAUCAGUGUAUAAAAAUAAAAUGCUGAAAAUACAGUUCAAAACAGAGUAACAGCCUAACCUACAUGAUCAGACUGUUUUAAGACAAACGACAGAGAUCAUGGAAUUAUGUUCAGUGUUUUGGUUGAAAUGGAGAGACAUUCUAAGACAGUCUUUUACCAGAUUCUCAGCUCCAGGACUUUUAAAUUAAAGUAUAAGCCAUAGUUUUGCCUAUGAAAGAAAUUUGCUAUGCAACUAGACAAUUGCUUGGCUCAGAAAUUUCUACAGAAAAGUUUUUUUAUGUACAUUAAUAAACAGGAUAAAUGAUG